CAACAGGCAGCGUUCAGUCCGGCUUCCCGAGCUCCCCGUCGCCGCCUGCUCUCGGUUCGUGAUACCCGCGAAUACGUCGACGGUUCGGACCGACAGCUCGGAACUAGAGUCGGUGUUGAGUUUAUUUGCGGUUCUCAAACCUCACAAAGGAUUAACGGAAUUCCACCAUCCGGUCCUUUUUUCUUUUUUUGUGUGUGCGUGUGUGUGCAUCGAGCUAACCGGGCAGACCCCGCCUUCUCUUCGUUUGUCAACAAAGGGGUUUGACAAGCUCGCAGAAGCCCUGCCCCCAUGUCGCCAUAAAAGGAUGAUUUGUCCAUACGCGGCCGACAAGCAAGCCGUGGGUAACCUCUCCCCUUCCCCGUCCCGUUCAGACGGUGCGUAAAAGCGGAGCUAUCAUGGCGGAGCGCGUGCAGCAGCUCCCGGCGAAGCGGCUCUGCUGUCGCCCGGGAUAUGGUGCUGCGUGUCGGCAAGGCCAGCGGGCCGCGGGGGCUCCGUGCGGCGGCGGCGUCUCCGGCGCCGCGCCGGGCGAGUCCAGCAAGACGCAGAACCCGGAGACCCUCCUGGACAUCGCGGCGCGCAGAGUCGCGGAGAAGUGGCCGUUUCAGCGGGUGGAGGAGCGCUUCGAGCGCAUCCCGGAGCCCGUUCAGAGGCGGAUCGUGUACUGGUCGUUCCCGAGGAGCGAGCGGGAGAUCUGCAUGUACUCGUCGUUCAACAUCGGCAGCAUCGGCGGGGAGGAGAGCGGAAGCGGCGGCGGGGAGAGCGCCGACGAAACGCGGCUGCCCUUCCGACGGGGCAUCGCUCUGCUGGAGAGCGGCUGCGUGGACAACGUCCUGCAAGUCGGGUUCCACCUCAGCGGCACGGUGAGGGAGCCGGCCACGGCCUCGGAGCCCGAGCUGGUCUGCAACGUCAGCGUCAGCUUCGACCGCUGCAAAAUCACGGCGGUGACGUGCAGCUGCGGCAACAAGGACAUCUUCUACUGCGCCCACGUGGUGGCGCUCUCGCUGUACCGCGUACGGAAGCCCGAGCAGGUCAAGUUGCGGCUGCCCAUCUCGGAGACGCUUUUCCAAAUGAACCGGGAUCAGCUGCAGAAGUUCGUCCAGUACCUGAUCACGGUGCACCACACCGAGGUGCUGCCCACGGCGCAGAAGCUGGCCGACGAGAUCCUUUCGCAGAACUCUGAGAUCAACCAAGUUCACGGAGCUCCAGAUCCGACGGCCGGCGCCAGCGUGGACGAUGACAACUGCUGGCAUCUGGACGAGGAGCAGGUUCAGGAACAGGUCAAGCUCUUCCUCUCCCAGGGCGGGUACCACGGCUCGGGGAAGCAGCUCAACUUACUGUUCAACAAGGUGAGGGAGAUGCUGAAGAUGAGGGACUCCAACGGCGCUCGCAUGUUGACGCUGAUCACAGAGCAGUUCAUGGCCGACCCCCGACUGGCGCUGUGGAGGCAACAGGGAACCACCAUGACUGACAAGUACAGGCAGCUGUGGGAUGAACUAGGAGCCCUGUGGAUGUGCAUCGUGCUGAACCCCCACUAUAAACCCGAGCAGAAGGGUUUCUGGCUCCGACAGCUUCGCAGGUGGAACGGCGUGGACGUCUGCCCCUUGGAGGACGGUAACCAUGGCAGCGAGCUGACCAAUCUGACUAACGCUCUGCCCCAGGGCCUCCACGGAAACCCGGAUUCCCUCACUCGGCCUCACCGGACGGUGUUCACGCGGGCGAUCGAGGCCUGCGACCUGCACUGGCAGGACCCCCACCUGCAGCACAUCAUCACCGAGGACCACUACGCCAACUACUGUUACCACGACAACCUCAGCAGCUCCCUCUUCGACGCCCGAGGGUGGCCCCUGUGGCACGAGCACGUCCCGACGGCGUGCGCCCGAGUGGACGCGCUGAGGUCACACGGCUACCCGAAGGAGGCGCUGCGGCUCGCCAUCGGCAUCGUCAACACGCUGCGGAGGCAACAGCAGAAGCAGAUGGAGUUCUUCCGCACGCACAAAAAAGAGCUGCUCCAUAAAGGCACCACGUCAGUGACCAACCUGGAGGGCUGGGUGGGCCACCCUCUGGACCCCAUCGGCACCCUGUUCAGCACCCUGAUGGAGACGGGGCGGGGCGGAGAGGACGGCGCCGCAGCGCUGCUCGACUUCUCAGGCUCGCCGGGUUCGGGUCGGAGGACACAGCAUCCUGUUUUGCCGGUGGAGCGUUUCCUGGAGGAAGGCGAGUCGUUCGUGUCGCUGGCCGUGGAGACGGCUCUGAUUGGCUUAGGGCAGCAGAGGGUGAUGCCGGACGGCCUCUACGCUCAGGAGAAAGUGUGUCGCAACGAAGAGCAGCUAUUGGCCAAGCUUCAGGAGGUCAACGUGGGCGACGCGCUGGUGAAGAUCUUCAGGAAACAAGCCGCUUUCCUGCUCGAGGCUGGUCCUUACAGUGGUCUGGGGGAGCUGCUCUACAGGGAGAGCGUCCCCAUGCACACGUUUGCCAAGUAUCUCUUCACCUCCCUGCUACCUCAUGACGCCGAGCUGGCGUACAAAAUUGCACUGAGGGCCAUGCGAUUGCCGGUCCUGGAGUCCACGUCCUCCUCCGGCGACUUGUCUCGGCCUCACCACAUCGUGUCCGUGGUGCCCAACCGCCUCCCCCGCUGGUUCACGCUCAGCCACAUAGAGACCCAACAGUGUGAACUGGCCUCCACUAUGCUCACUGCUGCUAAAGGCGACGCCCGUAAACUGGAAACCGUGUUAGAGUCCAUCCAGAAGAACAUCCACUCCUCUUCACACAUCUUCAAACUGGCCCAGGACGCCUUCAAGAUCGCCACUCUCAUGGACAGCCUGCCCGACAUUACGCUGCUCAAAGUCUCCCUGGAGCUGGGUCUUCAGGUGAUGAGGAUGACGCUGUCGACCUUGAACUGGCGGAGGAGAGAGAUGGUGCGAUGGCUCGUCACCUGCGCUACUGAAGCCGGUGUGUUCGCGCUGGACAGCAUCAUGCAGAGCUGGUUCACCCUCUUCACCCCGACCGAAGCCACCAGCGUCGUGGCGAGCACCGUGAUGUCCAACAGCACCAUCGUCCGCCUGCGUCUGGACUGCCACCAGCAGGAGAACCUGGCCAACUCGGCCCGCACCCUGGCCCUGCAGUGCGCCAUGAAGGACCCCCAGAACUGCGCCCUCUCGGCCCUCACGCUCUGCGAGAAGGACCACAUUGCCUUCGAAACGGCCUAUCAGAUUGUCCUGGACGCCGCCGCCACGGGCAUGAACUACACCCAGCUGUUUACAAUCGCGCGCUACAUGGAGCACCGCGGUUACCCCAUGAGGGCGUACAAACUGGCCACGUUGGCCAUGACGCACCUGAACCUCAGCUACAACCAAGACACGCACCCGGCCAUCAACGACGUGCUGUGGGCGUGCGCGCUCAGCCACUCGCUGGGCAAAAACGAACUGGCGUCGGUCAUCCCCCUGGUGGUGAAGAGCGUGAAGUGCGCCACCGUCUUGUCGGACAUAUUGCGGCGGUGCACGCUGACGACGCCGGGCAUGGUGGCGCUGCACAGCCGCAGGAACUCCGGGAAGCUGAUGCCUCUGGACAAGGCUCCGCUCAGGCAGCUGCUGGACGCCACGAUCGGGGCCUACAUCAACACGACGCACUCGCGGCUGACGCACAUCAGCCCGCGCCACUACAGCGAGUUCAUCGAGUUCCUCGGUAAAGCCAGGGAGACGUUCCUGAUGGCGCACGACGGACACAUCCAGUUCACGCAGUUCAUAGACAACCUAAAACAGAUAUACAAGGGCAAGAAGAAACUCAUGAUGCUCGUCAGAGAACGAUUUGGUUGAUCCGACGACCAAAUAGCCCUUUAUUGGUUUUGUUUUAAUACAUCCUUUCUAACUUGAAGUGAAAAUCCACCUAAAACAACAUUCAUGCAAAUCUCAUUCCUACGAUUUGCCGCCGCGAAGGUCGACUGUGACGAUGAGACUCGUGUGGAAUAAUUCACAUUCAUCCGGUGUACGUUUUCCUUUUCUUUGGGAGUCGCCGACUCACUGGACGUCCCGGGAGUAAGAUGUGAAAUGUGUUUUAGGGUACAUUUUCUCCUAUGAAUUACAAGUUUUGAAAUUGAAGGAGAGAAAAAAGAAAAGAAAACACUGUUAAACCAUAAAAGGAACAGCUGACGUUGAUGUGUGUAAAAAACCAUUAAGUUUGCGUGUUUCCCUUUAUAUAUGUAUGAAAGUGAGAGAGUAAGAGUUUUACACUGAGUAUAUUAUACUGUAUUGUCCAGUGGCAAAAUGUCCACCACGCACCUCCUACUUCCCUCAGCUAACGUUCAACAGCCUCAAAGGAGACGAACGGCUUUAAACCAAAUGGAGGAGCUCCAUCUGAAGUGACGAGUACCUCUUUCUAAAGGAUCCAGCUUUACUCUUUUCCCCUCAGAGUCCUUCGACCAUCCGACUUGCGAAGACGAAGAGAAGCUCACAACCAGAAUACAUUUUUACUGGGUUCCAUGUUUGUUUUCAUCUUCAAGGCUGAUUGUUUUUUUUUUUAUGGGCUUUUGCAGUGUUGUCUCAAACAUUCAUUCAGUUUAAUUUACCGUCACAGGAACACAAAAAAACAAGCCGUCAACAUACAUUCUCAGGGAUUAAAAAAAGAAGAAGAAGAAAGCAAGACAAAAACAAACAGAAAAGAGAGAACAAAAGCAUUUUAUUAUCCUGUAUAUAUGAAAGUAUACGUCUGAAUAUUGAAAAAAAAAAAUGUAUAUGUUAACUAAUUUAUGACAGAAUAUUCUAUGUAAGGCACAAUACUUGAAGCUGCAGUACUUUUUUAUUAUUUUUAAAAACACAUAUCAGAAGGAGUUUGAAAGCGGCCGCGUUGCAUUCGGGGCCAGCGUGUUCUUCUACACGUUGGGCUCUGCAGACGUGUGAUGAAACUGUAGAAACCAAGACAGGAAGCGGACGUGCAAAGUGUGUGUCCUUCUCGAACAGAGACGCGUAUUGAGGACUGUGGGAGUCGAGAGAAAGAGACGACUGUUGAGGAGAAUUCCAGUGAGCUCUGCCUCCUGCAGACAUGUUUUAUGUCUUCUUUGAUGUCCGUCUUGACUUUUCCUUUUUCUCUCGCUCCUCUCACACAAGAACAGCCUUCUUUCUUGCCUUGUCUUAAUGCUUUAAAAUAACCAAAUGGGAGUUCUAACGACCAAACUUUUCUCAUACGCCAACACAACUUUGGUUACAGCCCCGUUUUUAGUUUUUUUUUGUAUGGUUUAUUGUUUUUAGCUGAAUUGUAUUCUGUGCUUAAAGCUUAAUUUCAUCUGUUUUUCAGUGUCGUCUCUUGUUUAUUAGCUCUUCUUUUGUUUGGACAUACGCUCCUUUUAUUUAUUACGUUAGGUUAAAGAUUGUACAACCAUGUCGACAUGCUCAUGAAGUUGAAACUAAGAUUUGAUACACUGAUCGAUUUAUUCAUGUAACUAAAUCACUGUUUUAUAAACUUGUUAAUGAAUCAACAUUUUGUUUUAAUUAAAUUCGGUUUUUUUUUCAGAGGG